AUGAGGAGUGGAGUUUGUUGGUCUAUUCCUACGACAAUGGAGUGGAAAUCCAGUUGUCCACCACUUGCCGCAUUUGAACACUUUGCAUCCUCUUUCCAGGUAGAUGUGACUCAAAGGCAGUUGGCAGCUUCGCAUGAAGAAUUCAAUCAAUGGGCAGCACUUCAAGGAAGCAUUUCACUCUACAGCAUAGCUCAUGAUAAUUUGAAACUAGAUAAGUGUUUUCCCUCAUCACAAAAGCGUGUUUCUCAUAAAUAUUCGCUGACCUUACUAUCAUCUUCUAAGAAUAAAAAGAGAGUAAACUUAAGGCCACAUUUCCCUCCAUUGAUUAGCUUAAGUAAAACAUUCAAUUUUACAAAAGCACUAAGUUCUACUAACACAAGCGUUUUUUAUUUGCUGUGUGGCAAUUGUUUAUUUGACAGUUUAUGA